AUGACCAUCACCCUCUCGCCCAAACCCUUGCGCGUCGCGAUUGUAGGCGCCGGCCCGGGCGGUCUCGCUGCGACGAUCCAGCUAUCGAGGCUCAAGGACGUUGAGUUGAGUGUGUUUGAUCAGGCGCGUGAGCUCCGCGAAGUUGGCGCAGGCAUCAGUUUGAACGAGAACACUUGGAGGCUUCUUCAGGACCUUGGCGCGGCGCACAAGCUCGAGCAGUUCGUGCAGCGAGGUGUGCAGGGAAAGCUUCUAGUAGAGCACCGAAACGGGAGGACCGGAGAGCUGCUAGCUCAACGCCACCAUAGUGGUGAUCCGGACAAACCGCCUGCGGUCCGAAUUGAGCGGUACAAACUCCAGAACGCGCUUCUCAGCCAAAUACCUCCCGGCCUCGUCCAAUUGUCCAAAAAGCUCGUUGAUAUCCGGGAAAGUGCCGACGGAGUAUCCCUCGAGUUCGCGGAUGGAACAACAGCCGGACCCUUUGACCUAAUUGUGGGCGCCGACGGCAUUCGCUCAGUCGUCCGUCAAUACGCGUUCCCAGAACACAAACUCACAUACACGGGCCGGGUCGCCUACCGCGUCCUCAUUCAUCAAGAACAGGUCGCGCACCUGCUCCCGGACCUCCCGCACGCGUCGUGCUUCUGGCACACGCGCGACACGCACAUCUAUACAAACGUGCUCGACAACGGCCUGUUCGAGAUUGCGACCCGCGCGGUCGAGUCGGAGGAGCACGGUAACAAGGUCAGUUGGGGGCAGACCGUCCCACGGGAGCAGGUCGUCCCGCAUUACCAGAGCUACUGUCCACUGCUGCGCAAGGUCAUCGACGCACCCGACGAGUGGCUCGAGUUCGCCAUGUUCGGCGGCCCGCGACUGGCCUCGGUCACCCACAAUGGACGUAUCGUAUUGAUCGGGGACGCGUCACAUCCACUUUCUGGCGCUUUCGGCUCCGGCGCGGCAUUCGCGUUCGAGGACGCGUACGCGCUCAAGCACGCUAUCGACUUCUCCCGCAGACGCAGCCAGAACCUCAACUACGCCUUAGAGUUGUUCGACACUGUCCGGGCGCCGCGAUACAAAGAACUGUACGGUGUGCUAGACACGUUCGCGUCCAACGUCGCGGACAUCAAGACGCAGAAGCCAGACAUCGGCGACGACGAGUAUGUUGCGGAGACAACGGAGCGCAAUUGGCAGCAGGCGGAGGGCCGUGGAUUCAUCUACGGGUAUAACAUCGCAAAUGCGUGGGCUGAGCGCGAGGCCAUCGAAGAAGACAAGCUGCACGAGCGAGCCGCUAAUUUAGCGGUGACCUUGGUGGAUUCAUAG